ACUGCGGGAGGCUUCACGUAAAAAUCUCCCACCCGCACGACGAAACUUGGAUUUACCGAGCUCACCUUUACGUUCAGGUGUCAAAGUAAAGGUGUUCGUACCUGUCGGCUAUCUCGCUACGGACGGAUCUUAAGUGACUGACCUUUACUUUUGUGAAGUAUUAGAUUAGUUCUUUGGAGGCUGUGUGUGUUUGUGCUCAGAUGACGGCGCAGGUAGACUACCUGGUGGUGGUUUUCACCGCCACAUCUGGCGCGAGCGGAGAGCUGCUGGGGUCUGACGAGAAGGAGCUCGAGCUGUUGGUUUGGCAGCUGGUCGACGUUAAGAACAAAAAGGUAAAAACUUAUCUCUAAACUUCAUACAACAGCUUUAUAUCCUUACACAAUGGCGAAGGUAGUUGUAAAUGUCGUUGUGGGUUUAGUUAAACGAAACAACAGGCGGAAAUAGGUGAAUAAUUGUGGGUUUCUUUUAUGUAAAUUUCUUCUUUAGCUUAACUCCUAAGAUAAGUAGGAGUAUUUUCUCUGAAAAUGUAUUAUAAAAGUCUCAAACAUCACACAGCCAUUUGAGAUAUUGUAUAAUUUUACAGUUUGUUGAUUUCUCUGGACUUCUGCCUUGAUGCUGACAUCUUUUUUUCUACUUCUCUGAACCAGUUGGGCAAAGUAAAUGAGCUCCUCAUUAAGCCUGACCUCUCAGACUUGACAGAGGAGAAAGAAGAGGAGGAUGUGGUUGAGAAAAGCGUGGAGGAGGAGCAUGGAUCCAAAGCAGAUUGUGUCUUUACAGCCUCAAGUCUUGAGACAGCACUGAACCAGGUUGUAACCUUAAGAAAUUUAGCAUUUCAGCUUGUAAUUAUGUGGUUUUUUUAUGACAGCUGUAGGGAAAGCUGGAAGCAAACUAAUUAACAUUUUGAUUCCUUUUUAUUUAGUUUCAUCUACAACUGACAAAUGAGGUGAACAGUGCAGGCGCAGGCACGUCGGUGUGUUUGUGUACAGACGGGCAGCUUCACAUCCGUCAAGUGAUUCACCCCGAGGCCGCAAGCAAGGUGAGAGAGCCGGUGUGGCGAACACCUUGCAGCCAUGGGCGGAUGUUCCCUUUUGGCUACAGGAACCUUCCUUGCUCACACAGUCACAAAAGGACAUCAUGUGUCAGCACUUUGCUCCCAAUCCAAUGUAAUGCUGUGCUGAGAGUUGAUCUACAGCGGCUACGAAUGCAAACCUGUUUAAUGGCACACGCCCUUAUGCAUACCUGUGCGCAUAAAACCGCAGUACAUAAUGCUGCUGAUGAAAAUUUCCCACGUCUUUGUCACACAGAGAUGAUGGCUCUACUGGCUUGAGCAAACAGGAGUAUGAUGGUAAUAAAAUAACAGCUGCUUAUAGGCCACAUGUUCACAUCCUUCCAUCUAUUUCCCUCCUCCUCAGAACAUCCUGGUCCCUGACUGUUUCUUCUCUUUCUUUGACCUGCGGAAAGAGUUCAAGAAACACUUCCCCACAUCUGACCUCAAGGCUCUGAAUGUACACGUCAUGGCAGAGUGUAUCCUUUAAUACGUUCACUGUUUACAUUUGGUGUGCCAGCGACUAACUGCACAUAACUACUCUGUUACGUGUGAUUAAUUGAAUGUUCAACUUAGUUUUUCAGUCUUUUGUGCAUUUUUAGUUUGGCCUUGUGCACUCAACUCACAUAUGAGAAGUUUACAAGCCAUGGGGUGUUGGCUGAAGGACUAGAGGUUUUGAAAUGCAAAUAGGGAAACAAUGGCAUCACCUUUCUAAGCGCUCUUAGAACAAGUGUGUGUUUAGCCAACAGGGCGAACCCCACACACCCUCUGCAACAGGAAAACUAACAUGAGUGUGUGUUAUCUAGAUUACUGUGUUUUCUUAUCUCUUUUGUAAUUUCUCCCAGAUCUCAUUCUUCGUAGAAUGUGUAAGCUCAGCGUGAAGCUAAAAACACCUUUUUUGCUGUCAUAAGCUGUUUUUGUUUGCUCUCCCGUAUUUGUUUUCCUUGAUGCACUCCUCCUCAGCUCUUAGUAUACCUUUUGAUGUGCCACCUAUGUGGGAUCCCUCAGCCACACCAGACCCCUCAGCCAUAUUACCUGCGGAGGUAGCAGUGCAGCAGGUCCAGACGAUGGCCAACAUUGUCCUUGCUCUGCUUUCUGAGCCUUUUUGUGAGUAUCAUGUAACAUUUGAAAAUAUGAGACGAUAACUCAUAGUUGUUUAAGUUUAAGUAUUUAUAUAUUCACUGGUAUUUUUGAUUUUUAUUGAAACUGUUUAGAAAGUCAACUAAUUUUGCACUUUUAGGAACAUUGUUAAAUGGAGGGGGUUUCAGCUUAGUGGUUAGAGCACACACUUCAUGUACAGAACCUGUUAUCCUGCAGCAGAUACUGCUCAGACCCUUGGCAGCAUAUCAAUCCCCCACUCUCUCCUCUUCACAUUUCCUUUCUCUCCUCAUCUGUCCUAUCAAUAAAAGCAAAAAAGCCCAAAAAUGUACAAAAAAAGUUAUACAUGAAAUACUUAUGGCUGAAACAUGACAACCAAUAAGUUACUUUCAAUGCAAAAAUGCCUUUCUUUAAUGUUUAGACAUCUUAAUUUGUUUUGCCAACAACUAUUGUUGGUCAGAUAAACUAAUGAAAUUAUAAAUUGAUCUAUGAAAAAUUGGGAGGCAGUUUUUACACCGCUGUGUGUCUCGUCAUGGUCUGAAAAUCAAUGAAUGGAAACGAUUCACAAAAUGAUCAAAUAGACGAGAAUGAGUUUCUGCCUUUGUCUCUGCCUAAGAGAAACUUACCUGUUCAUACAUUAAAUAAAGUCUUUAUUUAGCUAUGCUGUCUAAUAUGUUAUUUUACUUCUGACACAACUUAUCUUACUUUUUUAUCACAGGCCACACAUUUCCUAAUCAGGAGCGAGUUAAUGAGAAGUUUGAGACCGGCACCUGGUGAGUAAAUUUUGCUUUAGAUAAAUAUUUUUUUUUGUUCUCCACAAAUCCUCUCCUUCUGUUUUAAUGUCAGUAUACGUGUUUGUGCGAUUGUGUGCAGUAGUAAAAUGGAGAAAGUGUGCGACAACACAGUGAUCAGAGCCAGAGGGUUGCCAUGGCAGUCCUCUGACCAGGACAUCGCCCGAUUCUUCAGGGGACUCAACAUUGCCAAGUAUGUUGUAGCUCGAUUAAAGGCAAUCAGCUCUUAUAUAUCUAUAUAUAUUAAACUGUUGUUAACACUUUAUUUUCAUUGUUUUUUUCUUUUAAUGUCUAAUGUGGAGCACUUUGAAUUGCCUUGAUGUCAAAAGCAUCUAUAUCUUAACUUACAUAAAAUUUACAUCCCGUUUAAUGCUCUUUGUGUUGUUUUGUGCAGAGGAGGGGCUGCAUUGUGUCUUAAUGCUCAGGGGAGGAGAAAUGGAGAAGCACUUGUUCGUUUUGUCAGUGAAGAACACAGAGAUCUGGCACUGCAGAGACACAAACACCAUAUGGGCAACAGAUACAUAGAGGUGACCUCCCUGAACAGUGUUUGCUUGAACUGAUGGAGUGAACCUGUUGUAUUACAAACAGACCCAAAUUGUUUUUUGUUCUUUCUUUUUUUCAUUUUGUGAUCGCUUUUCAUCCCUGCCUUGUUUUCUUUUGCGACAGGUUUACAAAGCAACAGGGGAAGACUUUCUGAAGAUAGCAGGAGGUGAGAAGAUGUGUUUUCCUUUUACCUUUUUUUAGUCCCAACCAGAAUAAACAUAGGCGUUAAAUAAAACUGGCUUGAGUUCCAGUAAACACACCAACACCAUCAUCAAUCAGCCAACCGAAAACCAACUAAUCUCAGGUUAAGUGUCAUGUGAUAAUGACAAACAACCACAGUGAGAGAGUGUACAGUAAUGUUUGUCAAAGAUAGCAAAAUAUCAGUUAUCAGCCAUUUUACUUUAAAGUAUUGAUAUUUUUUGAUUACAUCAGUUUUGAAGAGGUACUCAUGAUUGACCAAUACUCAUGUCGAGAACUGCCUCAGAUGCAGGAUCAGGAUGGGGAACAUGGUCUAAGAACAAAAGUUAAAAAAAGGGGGAAAAACAGAAAUCCCCUUGUCAUUGCCUGUUGCUGGUUUUCCCUCAUCAUAAAUAUGGCAGCACAUGAGUCACAUGUAAUCUUGACACAAUAAUCCUAAAAUAAAAUAGGAAAAAUCUGUAGGGGAAGCCGAAACAAUCAGUGGUGAUUAAAUCAGUUCAACUUUAUUUAAUUUGUGGUUACAUUGUUGUGUAUGUUUCCUUGUGUGUCCUCAAGGUACCUCCAAUGAGGUUGCAAUGUUCCUGUCCCGAGAGGACCAAAUCAUAGUGAGGAUGCGAGGUCUUCCUUUUACUGCCACACAUGAACAGGUGCUCAACUUCUUCUCCCCGGGGGAGGGGCUCAAAGAGACGUGCCCAAUCAGUGGAGGGAAGGAUGGCAUCCUAUUUGUGCGUUAUCCUGAUGGGCGUCCCACUGGUGACGCCUUUGUUUUGUUUGCCUGUGAGGAACACGCCCAAAGUGCUCUAAGGAAACACAAAGAAAUCUUGGGAAGGAGAUACAUUGAGCUGUUUAAAAGCACAGCAGCAGAAGUCCAACAGGUACGUCAGGGUGACAACCUGAUAUGGAUAGGUUUGUGCAUUUUGUGUGCAGUUCUAACUGUGUAAUGUGCAUGUCGGUGUGCAUUUAAACUCUUUUUAAUGUUUCCUCUUAUAUUUAUUUAUUUCUUUCUCCAAGGGCCAAAAUAGACGUUAAAGAAGUGUUUGUUUGUGUGUGUGCACAGAAGAGUGUGACAAUGUGUGGGUGUGUUUCUUUUGUCCCACUCUGCUGUAGUUGUUGGCAUUGCAGUGAGGCUUAUGGGUGGGGACCUGCACAGCAGGACAGACUGUGUGCUUGUGUUUGUUUUCUUUAAGUAUGUAGGUUCACACCAACAGUCUGUAAAGGAUUACUUGGCUUCCUUUCUCUAGAAUUGCUCUUUCUUUCUCUCUCGUGAGUCGAACGCAUGUGGACUUAUUUUCUUAUCUGAGCUGACAGAUAAGCAAACAGCCCUCGUACAUUUCUGUGAAGAGGCUUUCCCUCAGGCUCUCGUGUAUGACGGUCUAAAGGGUUUUAUUGGUCCUUUCUAGAAAUGCAAACAAGCCUGUUUCUAGCAUCGCAACACAUAAAACAACGUGGACUUUCCUCUACAGAGUUGGCCUGCAGUGCUUGUAUAUUAAUGUGUUAGCUCUUCAUUGACCUUUGAAUGAUAUACGUUAAAGGAAAUGUAUUUGUUAAGGCGCUCAAGUGUUGUCUUUUAGUUUAAUCUGGCCAUUAUUCAUGAACUAGAAUGUGUAUUUCAGGUAUUGAACCGAUACUCAUCGGCCCCCCUGAUCCCAGUGGCCCCUGCCCCCUUAGUGUCAGUGCUGCCAGCGGUAUCUCUCCUGCCCCCUCCUGGUGGUAUCAGGGACUGUUUAAGGCUGAGGGGGCUGCCAUACACUGCCAGCAUAGAAGACAUCCUCACCUUCCUGGGCGAGUUUACACAGGAUAUCAGACCGCAUGGUGUGCACAUGGUCCUCAACCAGCAGGUACAUGCAACCGCAGUGCAGACACACCUACACACCAUAUUCACACAACUCCCUAUUAUCUGAUGUAAUGGUUGCAGGUACUUCAAGCUGGAGGUUGGAUUGUCAAAGGAAUUCAGACUAAUUGUUGAAUCAAAGCUUUUUGAACAGCAAGAAACAGCAUUUUUUUCUGAGAUGAAACAUAAUUUUUGAAAUUUUAUUAGCUGCUGUCAAGUGACUGCUAAGUUACACGACAUAGUAACCAACUUAACCGUGUCAUGUUUUUACAGUAUAUUACAUAAAAAGCAAGCAAAAGGUCAUUUCAGCUUUGAACAGUGUACUGAAAGCUAGGAGUGGGUUGAAUGCUAACAUUAGCUUUUGAGGGGAAAAAAUAUGUUUUACCUCAAAUUGUGGCCUGCUUUUUAGUUUAUAUAUUUUUUACUGAGCCCCUUUAAAAGUUGUAAAAGGGAACAAUUACUCAAAAACAUUGUAAAAAUGAUGUUUUAAUGACUCUAAACCUUGGACGCAACUGUACAUGGUUGUUAGAACAUGAAAGACCUUCACAGGUGCAGAACUGAAUCAAACAAGAAUAAACAGAACUAAAUUUUCAGCAGCUUACACGAUGUCGAGUAAGUAAUUUAAAAUAAAUAUGUAUGAUCUAGCUUAUUGUCCUGAGAGAAGGCGUUCAGGUGUAAAAACUGCUCCUGCAAGUGUGAUCAGUUCAGUUGUCAGUGAUGUGUGUCAAAAGCAAAUGGCAGAUGUUGAGAAUAAGAUAUGCUUUCACUGUCUUUACGACACAAGUAAUGUCUGGCUGUCUCUUAUUUCAGGGUCGCCCAUCAGGUGACUGUUUCAUCCAGAUGACCUCAGCAGAGCGAGCACUUCAGGCCUCACAGCGGCUCCACAAGCAUGUGAUGUCCAGCCAGCGUGGGACCAACAGCCGCUACGUGGAGGUGUUUCCCUGCAGUGCAGACGAGAUGGGCUUAGUGCUGAUGGGAGGCUCGCUGUCACAUACACAUACACACACACACAACCGGAGCAGAAGUGGGACAGGGCUCAGCCCGCCGCCAUGUAAGUCCAGACGUAAGUGCUGCUGGGAGCUGGGGGUGCUUCGGGACUGCAGGGUAGGUGGGCUCCUGCCAUUUGGGGGCAGAGUUGCUGUUUUCUUUCCUCCAAUCUAGUAGUUUGGGAGGUUGGGAACAAACAGUCUGACCAGAAGGAUUUAAAACUGUGUGUAUGUGUGAACGUGUGAUCUAUCCUUGUUAUUGACGAUGAGUAAAAUACCCAUCUGCAUGCACAAAGAAACCCUGAACAGUUUAAUGUUUAAUCCACCUUUUCACCUGCGUACACCAUUCUGAUUGUAGUUAAUCUUCAGUGGCAUGUGUGGUACUCAUUUUUGAUUUCCCCUUUUAACCACUGCCUUAGAAAAAUCUGAUGGGGUUGGAAAAAUGUAAGCAACACAGCUAGUUCAUAAUAUUCUCAAACAGCUUACAGCUCUCCAGUCUUAUCAGAUUGGUUUGUGGUGGUUGUGGGAUUUAGCCUUAAUAGAUUGAUGCACCUGCAUUGUGUGCGUCUCUUUGCUUGUCCAAUCAUUGGAGCUGUGGGAAAAGGUGGGCAAAGCUAAUCAUUGGUGUGUAGAAAAGUGCUUUGAUAUCUGUAUCUUUCACUGUAAAUGUGCACUGGUGCAUCCCCAGUUUUCAUAAUGAGGUACAAUUAGACGUAAAACUAAAUGACGUUUUUUAAUGUUCAACAUCAAGUCUAAACACUAUCCAAUUUAAGGCAAGAUACAUGUUGAGUUAAAAGAGUUGAACACUGAGCUUUUAGCAAGAAAUCAUAUUUUUGAUGGCGGUGUGUUUUUAGGAAGCAACACCAUCUACACUUGAUAAGCCUCAGAGACCCAGGAUGCUGUUUCGCCUCAGUUAGUAGGACAGAUGGCUCAUACACAGAGUAGCCUUUACACACAAACUGUCCAUGUGUCAGUGUAGGAUGAUGGUCAUUGUUUGCACAUUUGCAUGAUUUCCUCUUAUAGACAAACAAUGACCAGACUUCACCAUAAUCACUCUAUCUUUUCUGUUGUUAUUUCAGCUUGUUAAAUGUGCUUUUUCUCCCUCUGUUUUCUUCUGUUCAGGUUUAUCUCCACCCUCUUACUCCUUCGCCCCUGCUCCACCUGUCCUGCCCACAGAGGCUGCUGCCCUCUACCAUCCCAUGAAUCAGGUGCUGCUGGCCCCUAGACCCCUGCCUCCAGGUCAUGCCUACUACCCUGCUUCAGCUCAGCUAUACAUGAACUACACAGCCUACUACCCAAGGUAAACACUGAUGUCUACAGCACAGAGGGGCUCAUUAGAAAAUUUAAACACAGGCUUCAAUGUUCAAUAUCUGUUACCUUUUAUAGGAGGCUUUAACUUUCAGUCUAUGAAUUACUUACACAGUCAUGAGUCAGUCUAGACUGGGCUCAACAGGAGUUUAAUUGGAUUGCUUUUGUCCAUCUCAUAAUUGCAUCAAGACAAAACAUACAGCUUCUAGUUACUAAUAACAGACGAGUAAUUUAAAUUUGACCAAGAUCUGUCAAAGAACAAGAGCUAAAAUAUUUAAGACUGUAAACAGUUAAAAAAAAACAAAAAAUGUGGUUAUGGACAAAUCCCUGCUUUUUUCAUUUAUUUUUUGGUAUGUUUUCUUUUUUUUUUUGCAAAAGGGUCAGUAUUAUUUUUGACUAUAUAUCGGAAACUUUCAAUCAUCAAAAAUAACUGUGAAAUGAAGUUUUAUCUUUAUGCUAAUCGACUGGUUUGAUUUUGAAGGUCAUACAGAGGCCUCUGAUUAUUUUGUAGUUAGUGAAAUGCUCACUGGAGCUUGACAGCAAGAAAGUAAAAAAAACAGCUUGUACCACUGUCGAUGAUUUUGGACACAUAAUACACAAUUUUGAUUUUUCAUAUAUAUCAUUUUGUCCUGUUAUUGGCUGUAUAUAUACUUCCACAAAAGAUAGUUUGUAGGUUUAAGAGUAAAAAGUCACACUUGUUAUUUGGUUGGUGUCACCGAGGGUAAAAGCUGAGACAAGGGUAGUUAAUAACUGAUCAGUGUAGUUUCAAAGGACCUAGACAUUAGGUAAACAUUGUUGUCCUCUAGGCGUACCUGGUCAGCUCUUUGUCAUUGAGAAAUGCUCUUCAGUUAUUCCCACUCUGAUAAAUCAGAUGUUUUUCUCUGUUUUCUGAGUAUCAGAAAUAAACAGCAUGUAGGUCAUUUAGUGGCUAUUGUGUGUUUUUAAAGACAUUUUCCACUAAAGGUCCUCCACCUCCACCUCCACCUUCUCUCUUUUCUCUUUGCAGUCCACCUGGCUCACCUACCACUGUAGGUUUCUUCCCCUCCCCCUCCUCCCUCUCCACCCCAGGGGGGUUGGUGCGUAUGCCAGGUCUGGCCUACAACAGCGCUGGAGUCAAAGACCUCAUUAACGCAGUGCAGGGUUAUCAGGUAAGAGGCGUAUAAGCUGUGUAGAACAGGUUAUUGAUACAGUUCUUAAACACAACACUAACUCUUCAGAGUUCACACACUCCUCUAUAGGAUCCAAGUGUUGCAUUCAUAUCUUCUCCUGUUGAGGGUGUGUAUCAUCAGGCAUCCUCUGUGUUUGCCCAGAGGCCAUCAAACUAGUUUAUCCUGUCUACUCUCCCUGUUCUGUCACACAUGCUACAAUGCUUGCUUAGACUUGAACUGAAAGUGCUCAAGACUUAUUCAACUUUAGAGGAGAGUGAAAGCUUGGGUGAAUUUAAUUUGUAUUUAAUUAAGAAAUAAUUACAGACUUAGAAUGUCAAGCUCCUCUUUGACCAUUGUAAAGGAUUAACAGGUUCAUGUAGCCUCUAGGAUCAGGUCUAUACAGUUGAUGAUCUUUCAGCCCCCUGUCUCUGUUGUUCCUUCCCCUUCCUCACACAACAGUAUGCCCCCGAGGAUGCUCUUAUGCACGCUCAUGGGCCUGUGCACGCUCACGACCCAACUGGAACAUUGCUUACGCAGCCCAAAGAAUGGGUGUGUAUUUAAGGUGUCUCAGGCAGGUGGCAGGUAAGGAUUGGCUGAGGGCUGUGUGAGGGGGACUUAGCUUAACAAAGAGCUGUCGCAGUGGCGUUGGGUCUUUCAUUAUCACCAUGGUUAAUAGGGUUCAGCAGCUGCAUUUACUAUUUGGGUGCACACAAUGUCAUAGAUUGGUAGAUUUAAGGAUUGGGUGAUGUCUUCGAUGAUAAUCAUAAAUGGGCUUUGCGAGAAUAAUUUUUGACGUGGUGGUGUUGUGGUGCUGUUUCCUCACAGAGUGUAUAACCCAUUUAUGAUCAUAUGCUUUUUCCUCCUCUGGCUAUCACAUUUGUGUGCUCAAGAGAGAUACUUGAGCAUAUGCAUGACCAUGCCUCCAGAAAGUACAUAAUUAUCCAAUCUGAGCUUUGCAGCUAAAACAGCAUGCCUGUCAAGCUUUGGUCCUCUUUAUUUUUCACUAUAGUACAAAAAGGCCACUUAUACUAGCUGAAAUGUGCAACUUAAGUGCUCAGACACUGGUCUUAAUCGCUUUUCUGUUCCUCCUCUCCAAUUUCAGCAGGAAUAAUCGGCAUCGUCAGUUGUCUUUGUUGCUAAAGUAACACAGCAUCUACAAAAUCACAGUUUUAUUUGUUGAGAAAAUACAGCGAAUAGAUUUAUUUGAAAAAAAAAAUAAUUACUUUAAAAAUUGUGCAAAGUGUGGUCUCCCGAAGACUUGACGCUCACGUGUAAUGUAGUCCCAGAGGUCCUUGAAUGAAGGCUGUUACAGUUUCAACAAAUUCCCAAUACUUGAAUUCAUGAUCCUGUUCGGAAAUCUGCAAAUUACCACACAAAUGACCAUGUUCUGCAAACCUGCUGGCUCAGUCGCUACCCUGCAGUGCAUGGGUAUAAUAAUAAUAAUAAUAAUAAUAAUAAUAAUAAUAAUAAUAAUAAUUAAUAAUAAUAAUAACAGUUUCUUAUCUAUAGGAAUUACAAACAAUUAUAAAGUAGCACUAUUAGACAUCAUCUUUCUUGUUUUGUUUUCCAUAGUUGUAAAAUAGUUUCUAAAAAUUUUGUAAAUGCAAAAAAUAAAUUCCAUGUGUAUGUAGAAAUAUUAAAUGCUCAGGCGAAUAUAACACAUGGCAAGAUCUCAUUAGAAUCACUUUUGACAGAAUGUUUAGAGUAAGAACAAUAAAUGAGAAGAGAGAAAAUUAGCUGCUCUUCACACUUGCAGCUCUGAAGUUUCCAAGAUAAUCAAUCUUUGACCUUCAGAAUUAUCGCAGUUAACUUCCCUACAUGCUGUGUUGGAAUAAAAAGCUUGACAGCAGCUGAGCUGAGGGGCUAAAGGGUCAGUUGUUGGUGUUGUAAUGUGAUUAAAAAAAGGGUAAUAACAGGUUUGGGCUUCAGGUGGUUGAAAGGUGACGGGUUACAUCUGAUGGUGGUGUAAGGUCCUGCGUUUGAUGUUUUUACUCUGGGCUUAUACUCCUCUCUGUUUUUUCUUUCCUGACUCUCCAGAGUCCCGCAGAGUCCAUUUCUCUCCUGAACAGCGGUCUGAUCAGUCAGUCCAGUGGAAGUGACGCUCCUCUCAUGUCCCUCCCUGCCCUCAUGACCAAGCCUGGGGGACAGUACCUGGACCUGACCCUGCUGUAGGGAUCAGAUUUUACAAAAACAAAAAAAAAGGUCAUGUGACAAUUUGAUGUACGUCAGAGACUUGUAAUGUAUUUUUAGCUUUUAAAAAAAUCAGUCUUUUAGAUGUGUUAUUUAUAUCUUUAAGAACAGAAAUGGAUCUAUUUUAUACCAAAAUCUUUGUGGCCCUAGCCAAACAUAGCAACUUUGUCUUAUAUUGCACAGCGUGUAUUUGAAAAGCUUUAUAGAGAUUUUUUUAAACAUGUUAUGAUACAAUAAUCACUAUGAUAUAUUUGCUAGCCAAACUAGAGAAGAAUGACAUAGUAAAAACUGAGCUCAAUCUUUUUCUUAAGCUUGUCUGUGAAGUGUGAGUGUGAGUCUGAGUGUGAGUGCGUUUUUAGUGUGAGAGAGAGAGAUAAAGUGAGUAUUAUGCAUGCUUGUGUUGACGUGUCUUUUUACUUCAGUGCAGAACACUGUUUGUGUUCAUAUACAUUUGAUACAGUACACAGUGAUUGUAAUGGAAGCUUUAGUGCAUGAAGAAGUUAGUAGUUAAACUUUAAGAUGUUUACAUUAUGCCAAAUAUCAAUGCACUGCUAAUCAAUAAGACUAAUAAUGUGUGUUAUAGCAGUAUCUUUGUUACAAUGUGAGUUUGUCAAGCAGCCUGAUGAUCCCAGCAUCAGGUUUCCCGUACAAAAAUGUGACAUCUCACACCUAACCCCUUGUAUCCCUCCUUUAUGUGUCGGUGUAUACAUGUUGUGUAAUGCCAGUGUUGUCUUGCCUUUUGUUUUGGACCACCAUCAAAAAUAGAGGACAGUCCCGGUCCUUCGUAAACUAACCACAAAGUUACAUUUGUCAGGAGAUUUCUGAGUGAAUCUCAGCAGCCACUGGGGUUUCUUACAGAUUUUAUUACACAUUUUGCUCCAAAGAUUUAUCUGUCCAUCACACUUAUCUUGCCUUCUCUCUGCCAUCUACUCUGAUGUCUGGAUAAUAGAGUGGAUAAACUUAGCUCCCUGAAGAAAUCCCUUAGCCAUUUGUUUUUAAAACUAAAUCAUCCGGAGAGUAGAUGGUUAGUUGAGAAGAAAAGAAAAAGAAGGACACCUCUGAUUUUUAUUUUGUGAAUUGAACUGUUUGUGCCCUGCAAAGUUGCUUUUUGGGCUCCAAGCUGCAGUAAAAAUGUCUCGCAGUAGGACCCCUGCUGCUCAAGAUGUCCUGGAAAAAAUAAACGUGAAGUCUGCUGGCCUUCACCUCAUUGAUUUUA